UCAUGUCAGUGGUAGAAGAAGAUUACACCCAAGAUGGCACGGUGGACCUCAAAGGGAGACCCAUUUUAAGAUCAAAUACUGGAAGAUGGAAAGCUUGUUCCUUCAUUGUAGGGUAUGAAAUGAUUGAAAGGAUGGCAUACUAUGGGAUAGCCUCAAACCUAGUGUUGUAUCUAACAAAGAAGCUCCAUGAGGGCACUGUGAAAUCUUCAAACCACGUUACCAACUGGGUGGGUACAGUAUGGAUGAUGCCAGCUGCUGGGGCAUAUAUAGCCGAUGCCUAUCUUGGCCGAUAUUGGACCUUCGUUAUAGCAUCUGCCAUUUACCUUCUGGGAAUGUGUUUGUUGACUCUAGCAGUGUCACUACCAGCACUGAGACCACCACCGUGUGCCUCAGGCAUAGCAGACAAGGAUUGUCAACAUGCAUCAUCAUUUCAAGUGGGAAUUUUCUUCUUUGCCUUGUACAUCAUUGCAGCAGGCACAGGCGGAACCAAGCCCAACAUUUCUACAAUGGGAGCAGACCAAUUUGACGAGUUUGAGCCCAAAGAGAGGACCCAAAAGCUUUCCUUCUACAACUGGUGGGUGUUUAACAUUCUAAUUGGAACCAUUUCUGCCCAAACCCUCUUGGUAUACAUACAAGACAGAGUUGGUUUUGGCCUUGGUUAUGGGAUCCCAACCAUUGGACUAGCCCUUUCAAUUUUGGUGUUUCUGUUUGGAACUCCACUUUAUAGGCAUAGAUUGCCCUCAGGAAGCCCUUUAACCAGGAUGGUUCAGGUCUUAGUGGCUGCUAUGAGGAAGUGGAAGGUUAAGAUCCCAGAUAAUCUAAAUGAGCUAAAUGAACUCAGCAUGGAAGAGUAUUAUGCAAGCAUAGGGAGAAGCAGAAUUUGUCACAGCUCUUCUUUAAGCUUCCUUGACAAAGCAGCAGUAAAGACAGGCCAAACAUCACCAUGGAUGCUUUGUACUGUGACUCAAGUUGAGGAAACCAAGCAAAUGAUGAAAAUGAUUCCUAUUUUGAUCACUACAUGCAUUCCAAGCACCACAAUAGCUCAAACCAGCACACUUUUCAUCAGACAAGGCACCACACUAGACAGGAGCAUGGGACCCCAUUUUGAAAUCCCUCCGGCAUGUCUCAUAGCAUUUGUAAACAUCUUCAUGCUCAUAAGCGUUGUCAUCUACGAUCGCCUUUUUGUUCCUACAAUCCGGCGCUACACAAACAACCCCAGAGGGAUCUCAUUGCUGCAAAGACUAGGAAUUGGCCUUUCUCUACAUGUUAUCAUAAUGCUCACUGCAUGCUUAGUUGAGAGGAAGAGACUCAGUGUUGCAAGGGAAAACAACCUUUUAGACCAGAAUGACACAAUUCCUCUAACUAUUUUCAUCCUCAUUCCACAGUUUGCUUUGACAGGGAUUGCUGAUACCUUUGUUGAUGUUGCCAAGUUGGAGUUCUUCUAUGAUCAAGCACCAGAAGCCAUGAAAAGUUUGGGAACAUCAUAUUUCACAACCACCUUGAGCAUUGGAAGUUUUCUUAGUACUUUUCUUCUUUCAACUGUUGCUGAUCUCACACGUAGACAUGGUCAUAAGGGUUGGAUUUUGGAUAAUCUAAAUGUCUCCCGUCUAGAUUACUACUAUGCAUUCUUGGCCACACUUAGUGCUAUCAACUUCCUUUGCUUUGUGGUUGUUGCCAAGUUAUAUGUCUAUAAUGAUGAUGUAACACAAACCAAAAUGCACUUGGAUAUGAACCCUGCUUCAUCUAAGGGCAAUGCUGGAACAUGCCAAAGUACCCCACAACCAGAUGUCAAGUCCUAGGGAAUACAGCUUCUCUCUUUGUUGUUGUUAUAAGCCUUUUGAAAGUGUAAAGAAGUUAAAUUUCAGAUAUGUCCGCUGUGAUUCCUUUUUCUGUGUUUAUCACGCCCUUGCUGCUUACCAGUUUAGUUAAAGCUUCAAAGCAUUGUGCUUUUCAUGUCCAGCAUUAGUAUUGUCACAGUUCUAGUUCUAGGUUGAGUUCUCACCAAGUUUAACAUUUCAGUUAAUAGUCAUUUUUUUAUUUGGCAAGUAGAAAAUUU